UUAAACAACUAAACUAUCAUGCUUUGAAUAACACGUAAAAGUCAGCUACUACAAGCUUAUAUAGCUCAACCUAUAUAGUAUAUGUGGUGUGUAUCUGUAUCCCUCACUUCUACAUUCUAACAUUUCUCUCAAAAUUUUCUAACUUGAUAUACAAAAAUAUAUUCGAAUAUUCAUUCUUUUUCUUAUAAAUAUUAUGAUAGCAAUGAAAAGAAGCAGAGAAGAAGAUAGGCAAGUGGAAGCAGAAGCCAUGGCUAACUGCGCCUUGAUGCUUUUAUCUCGUUUAAACAAUAACAAUACGACUUCAACAGAUGGAGAUUAUCUGAUUUCUUCAGAUUGUUACCAUGGUUUCGAAUGUAAGACUUGCAAUAAACGCUUCCCAUCUUUCCAAGCUCUUGGCGGCCACCGUGCAAGUCAUAAACGGCCAAGAUUACUCGCCGGAGCCGGAGAGUUUCUUAUGCAAGCCAAAAAGAAUAAAAUGCAUGAAUGUUCUAUUUGUGGUAUGGAGUUUUCUUUGGGUCAAGCUUUAGGUGGACACAUGAGACGUCAUCAGAAAACGCCGUCGUUGGUUGCCGGAAAGACAAUGACACCGAUGUUGAAGAAGUCAAAUAGCAGCAAGAGAAUUUUCUGCGGCUUGGACUUGAACUUAUCCCCUGAUGAAAAUGUUGAGUUGAAGUUAUGGCCAACGACACCGGUUUCAUCUCCUGUUUUGCGAUGUUUUAUUUAG